AUGGAUCCAGCACAACAAAGCACAGAUCCAUCGAACCAAAGCACGGAUCAACCUCCCCAAGACAUGCCUCCACCGGAACAAACCAACCUGUUUUACCAGGCUCUCAUCCACUUCGGGACCGGCCGAGGAAUCGACACCAGGUUCGCCCAAACCCACAUCGACACGCUUGAACGUAUGACUCGGAUGGAGAAUCAGAUGCGGGAAGUUCAGGAGAAGGUGCAGAACCUGGUGGACCGGGUCAGUGAGAUCGAAGACAGGCUUGACAACCUCGACUCUCAGAUAGUGGAUCUGCAAGGCGAUGUGAAGGAGUGCACCAGCAAUGACGAGUCUACAAGCUCACGGCAGGAUAGUUUGGAAGGAGAGGUUAAUUGGCUGAGAGGAGAAUGUCAAGGAAACGACAGGUACAUAAGCGAGUUUGUCUCGACCCUGGAUGACUUGGACGCCCGGGUCUCGAAGCUGGAAGGAGAACGAGAGGGGUCCACCGGAUAG